GGAGCUCCGAGGCGGGAAAAGACGAAAUGGAGCGCCAGGGAGUACGUGAGGUGGAGGUGCCUCCCGUGGACCUAAAUGACCAGGAACCCCAGGCGGUUGUGGAGAGCGGGGAGCAUCAGCAGAACGAGAACCACGAGGAAGAGGCUAGCGCCGCGGCAGCCAGUGCCAACUACCAGCUGCCAGGACCCUUCUCCUCUCUGGAGUCUAGCAUUGAAAUCCUGAAGAAGAAAGCCCAGGAGCUGAUUGAAAACAUCAAUGAGAGCAGGCAGAAGGACCAUGCACUCAUGACCAACUUCAGGGACAACCUCAAGAUGAAGGUCUCGGAUCUGACAGAGAAAUUGGAGGAGAGGAUGUACCAAGUGUACAGCAACCACAGCAAGAUCAUUCAGGAAAGACUCCAAGAAUUCACUCAGAAGAUGACAAAGAUCAGCCUUCUAGAAAUGGAGCUCAAACAAGUCUGCCAAACUGUGGAAACUGUAUACAAGGACCUAUGUGUCCAGUCCGAGGUCCCCACUUUAGAAGAGCAGAUGGUGAAUGCUGACUGCUAUAAGAAGCUCCCGUCCUAAUGACAGCCAUCAAGAGAAGACACAGAGCCCACUGAGCCAUACUGAGUUUUGUUUUUGUUUUUUUUUUUUUGUUUUGUUUUUAUAGUUUUGUACACACCUACAGUUGACUAAAUGUUUAAAUGUUUGAUUUCUACCCUGGCCUACUUUUUUCCAGAAUUGGGAAAACUGAUCAUCUGUGCAAAAACAUGGAUGGUCCUUUGCUCCACCCCAUCUUUAGGGACAGUAGCAGAAACCAAUAGUUUCAUUUUUACACAGUUAAAUGAUCCAUUUACUUUCAGAAGCCCAAGUUUGACCCAUCUCAAAUCAUGCUCGCAUUGUAGGAUCUCACCCACUUCUCCCUCUCACUGUUGCUGGAAUGUUUCAUCCAGUAGCCUCAGAUAAACACUGAAGACUGCGACUUUCCCUUGGUUCAAACCCUCAGUUAUUGAGAUGUGAAAAUAUUCCAUACAUUCUGCUUUUUCUGUCUAGAAGCCUCUCUGCCCAUGAAGCUAGUGUCCCAUUGUGCACGGAUCACACUGGAUAUUCCUCCCUUUUAAAUACUGGUGAGAAAUACGUGAGUGUAGGUGCACGUGCCACGACACAUCUGGAGGCCAGUGGGCAGCCUCAGGUCUUGGGCCUUACUUGAGACGGGCUUGUGUUGUUCACUACGUGUACCCAGGCUGACAGGUCUGAGAACUUCCAGGGGUUUGUGUCCAUUUUACCUAAGAGCAUGGGUUACAGACACAUGCUACUGUGCUGGCUUUAUAAGGGCUCUGGAUUUAAACUCAGGUUCUUAUGUUUUUAUGACAACAUUCUUACAGCCCUUCUUCCCCUGUCCCCAGUAUCAUUUUUCAAUCUUUUUUCACGUUUGUCCUAAGCCAUGGGUACAAGACUCCCAUAGUCUACAAACAACUUUUCCUCUGAACAAAGUUGUGAUACAGUGUGCUGUUCUUUUCCUCACACCCACCACCAGGAACCAUGCCUAUCUCUUGGCGCUUUGGUUCUAGGACUGUCUCUCCUUCCAUGCCCUGUGCCACGAUGAGAACAAGGGCCAGGAGCAUCUUAGGUGCUCACUGGGACCUCUGAAGUCAUGCAGUCACUCCCAUAUAUACUUACUCCUACAACAUCUGCAGAGUAACUCUAGGUAAGAGGUAGGAGGAGCUAGAGGAUGGAGCUGUGCUAUUCUGGCUCCUUACUGCUGUCUCCCUCCCCCAGGCCACUGUGACACCCUCUUCCCCAAG